CUAGCAGCUCUGAAAUCUCACAGCUUCAGUAGACAGCUCCGUGGUGCUGAAAUCGCUCGUAAACACACCCGCAGCAGCAAGAUCUCAGAGAAACUCACAGAAACAUGCAUGGAAACAUGGACGGAUUUUCCUGGAAACUUUUUGUACUUGCUUGUCUAAUUGUACAGGGGUCUGCGCAAGAUUUCGGACAGACUCAGUUUAUUUGUACGUCAGUGCCCAAGGAUAUGGACUUGUGCGCGGCUACGAUGCAGAACAGCGGUCCGGCGGAGGACUUGAAGACGACAGUGAUGCAACUGAGGGAGACGGUACUUCAACAAAAGGAGACAAUUAUGAACCAAAAGGAGACAAUCAGGGAACUAACGUCAAAGUUGAGCCGGUGCGAGAGCCAGAGCUUGCCCGAGGCUGGAGCAGCGGGCAGGCGGCCUGGGGCCAAGAACACGAUGGGGGAUGUUUCGCGGGGCCCCACGGACACGCUGGCUCAACUCGGACAGACUUUACAGACCUUAAAACAAAGGCUGGAGAAUCUCGAGCAAUACAGCCGAAACAACGGCUCGGUGCAAGCCAACAGUCUGAAGGACCUGCUCCAGAACAAGAUCGAUGACAUGGAGAAGCAGGUCCUGUCCCGGGUCAACACGCUGGAAGAGACCAAACCGGGUCAGAAGAACGACACGGACCAGCGUAACCGAGUGGAGACCACGCUGACCACAAUGCACCACCGAAUAACGGAUCUAGAGAAAGGAAAAGACAACAGACCACUGGACAAGUUUCAACUGACCUUCCCGUUGAGGACCAACUACAUGUAUGCCAAAGCCAAGAGGAGCCUGCCUGAGAUGUACGCCUUCACCGUGUGUCUGUGGAUUAAGUCCAACGCGUCUCCUGGGGUGGGCACACCUUUCUCUUACGCUGUCCCGGGACAGGCCAACGAACUGGUGCUGAUAGAGUGGGGGAACAACCCGAUGGAGAUACUGAUCAAUGACAAGGUGGCCAAGUUGCCUUUCAUCAUCAACGACGGGAAAUGGCAUCAUAUCUGCAUUACCUGGACCACACGCGACGGGGUGUGGGAGGCUUUCCAAGACGGAGUGUUGAGGGGCAGCGGGGAGAACUUGGCUCCUUAUCACCCCAUCAAACCGCAGGGCGUGCUGGUCCUCGGCCAGGAGCAGGACACUCUGGGAGGUGGGUUCGACGCCACCCAAGCAUUUGUUGGUGAGCUGGCAAAUUUGAACAUGUGGGAUAGGAAGCUUUCUAUCGGAGAGAUCUACAACCUGGCAACCUGCAACAGCAAAGCGCAAACUGGCAACGUCUUCUCUUGGUCGGAGACCAACAUAGAGAUAUUCGGUGGAGCUACUAAAUGGACAUUCGAGCCAUGUCGUUCGCUCAACUGAACUGCAUUUCGUCAUGACAAAAAGGCCUGCGUGUAUUUCUGAGCUUCUGUCGUUUUUGUCUUUGUUAAAGACAAUUAGAUAUUUAUUUAAUGAUAAGCUUAAACAUGGGAUUUCUAUUCAUGAUUAGAUAUUUAUGUGCAAAACAAAACAUUUCCUUGGUCUUGAAAAAAAAAAACAUUCGUCUUUGGAAACCCCUGUUGGAAAGUGUUGGUAUCUCUGGUUGGUUUCUCUUUUUUCUUGGGAGUUUUGUUGCAAGCGCACUUGAGCUUUUUGAUUCGCAUAUUUUGUCCAGGAUCGGCAGCGGGGCAAUCCAAGCCUUAUGUUGGACAUUUCACAACCCGCUGCGGAAUUACUCACCAUUCUCACCCUCUGAGAGUGGGAGAUUACGCUGUCCGUCUAAUUCUUGUCAGUAUUUGACGCCGUGAAGUGAUGAUGUUUGACCUCUCGAUAAAUCAGCUCCGUCCCAAACCUCCCCUCUCUCCCGCCCCUCCGGAACUUGCACUGUGACUGACGAAGAAAGCCAGGGGAGGAUGGUACGUUUUGAAGGACACUGCAAAGUCGGACUGUAAAAGUCAUUCUUUUGUAAUUGUCGUUUGCUUCAAGUGUUUCUGUAAGAAUGUCGUUACUUGCCAACAUGCUAAAGCCUGGGUGCCUUGGGCUGGUACAAGUAUUCAGCACAUACGUUUUAAGUUGCAAAAUUCAGUCUUGUUUGGUUUAUUUUGAAGGGGGAUUUCUUGUUAUUCAGAUAAAUGUUAAUUAAUUGCGGUUUGUUAUCGGACAUGACGUGUUUGGGCAGGUGUUUGUACUCUGUGUUAGGAAUGUUACAGUGUCUGUAUAGUAACGGCAUGAAUGACAAAAUGCUGAAACAGCAUCGUCGAAAUCUGCUUUACUAUCCUCUCGGGUCUGGGUUUUUUACUGUAUUGUUAUAUGCUCCAAGCAUGGCAAAACUGAGAGAUGAAAAUAUCUAAUUUUUCUAAUAAAAUUGUGAUACUA